GGUCCAUCAUCCUGCCGAACACUCCGCCGCGCGUUCAGCUGUUGCACGACCGGCACAAUGGCAUCUCAGCAGCCACGCAACGGCAUCUCCGCCAUCGCAGGACCGGCUGCAAUGGCGAAACCAGGAUCGGCCGCAGAAGAAGCCAAUGCCUCAUCUGGUGCCGGCGCAGCGCCUGUACCCAAGAAGAAGCGCCAUCGAGCGGGCAAGAAGCACAGAAAGAAUCGAAGACAGAGUUUCAUUGCCCCGUCCGAAGCUGCCACCGAAGACACCACCGACAUGGGCGAUCGGCCAAGCCUGCUCGAUGCCUCCCAUCAGGCGUCGCAGAAAGAUAGCUUCUAUCGUCUGCAGAAAUCAGCGAGGAGGACGAGCGACACGAGCUUGGAGAGCGAGGCGCUGCUCGACCACCGCGAGCACGCACCGUUGAGUCGGAGGAGGGACACGAUCAAGCAAGGCUUCUCGCGAGCUGUCCAGCCCUUUACACGGCAUUCGCACCGCUCUUCUGAUGCCUCCGCAAAGCCUGCUACAUCUCGGUCACGGUUGGCACACGCCGAAGGAGUGGCCAUUAGCGAAGACGAGGACGAGGAUGGUGAAGGAAACAAUGAACGGUCGCCAUUGCUGGGAGUAAACAGAUCUCGCAAGCCGCAUCUCUCUCGCAACAACAGCACACAAGUUGUUGGCAGCGCACCGAAUGGAGCUCGAGCCCGUCAUGGAUCUACACACUCGAAGGCUUCCUCGCGGAGAUUACCUCCAGUGGAGAUCCUGACUUCUGCUCGCAACAAUAUCGAUGGCGAGCACGAUGUCAACAACCCGCCUUCCGUUCCUGGAUCGCCUACUAUGGGAGGCAUGGAUGAUGUGUAUAUGCAUGCACUUGGCUCUAGCAUGUCCGACCGAGGUAGGGAUGCAGUCAUUUCCAUCGACGAGGACGAAGGGCGUUUCGACAGCCGAUCUCCAGAGAGCAUGCGGCGACGAGCUACUCUCGCACAAUUGGCUGAGCGUGAUGUUUGCUUCCCAGGAGAUGACGACGAACACGGCGAUGGGUCACCUCAACCACACCAUGAAAACUCUGUCAAGCCUAGGAGGCGACGAGGAAGGAGGUUUCCAGAUCUGGAGGUACUCGAAGAGUGGAGUCGAGAAGAGAAGGAAGAGCGUACGCAACAAGUCGUGCUUCGUGCAAAGAAGAUAGCCGAGCCGGUCAUGGUCGGCGGUCGUCUUCGCCCAGCAAAGACAGUGUGGCAUCCCGAGGUCGAUGAACGGCCUUUCAGAUAUACCUACUUCAACGACACUCUGGACGGCACGAUCCAUGCUAGAAACAUCAGCGAUCUGCAAGAAGAUGGCGCUACGUUCCAAGAUCUCUUCCUUCCAGACCCGAUUGAGCUCAGUGACAGCAGCAGCGAUGAGGACGAGGAAGAGAACGUGGCGGAACGUCCUUCACUGCAGAGGCAUCAUCGCGCUUCAAGCGAUAGUGCCGUGAAGAAUGUCGACGCAUUUAGCCAACGUGGCGACAGCAGGGCGCCAUCAGUGGCGCGAAAUUCGACCAUUGACAGUGUUGCUGCCAGCAAGAAUGCCGCCGAGUCAGCGCCAGCUUCUGGCCACGCGACUCCCAGACCGCCGAAGAAGCGCUAUGGGCCGCGCCCAACUUGGUGGCUGGAUGUCCUAUCGCCGACUGAAAGCGAGAUGAAGGUCUUGUCUCGCACUUUUGGAAUCCACCAACUGACAUCGGAAGACAUUCUCAUGGAUGAGCCGCGUGAGAAGGUGGAGCUGUUCCCGUCCUAUUACUUUGUGAAUUACCGAACAUUCGAACAGGACAAAGACAGCGACGACUACAUGGAACCGAUCAACAUGUACGUGAUUGUUUUCCGAGACGGCGUACUCACCUUCCAUCACUCGAUGAGUCCACACCCGGCCAAUGUUCGACGACGAAUUCGACAAUUGAACGACUACAUGAACCCUACUGCGGACUGGAUUUCGUACGCCAUUAUUGACGAUGUUACGGAUGUGUACGCGCCUCUGGUUACCGAAAUCGAGGAAGAGGUUGACGACAUCGACGAGGCAAUUCUAUACAUGCAUAGAGAAGCAGAUCCCGAAGCCACAGAGGACAAGAAGGCAGCAAUGAUCGGGAAAGCAAAGACUCCAAAAGAUGGCAGAAGGAACAGCGAUGCCAGCAGCCAGAAAGGAGAUGGAGAAGAGAAGAUGAAAGGAGGCGACAUGCUUCGACGUGUUGGGGGUUGCCGCAAGAAAGUCAUGGGCCUCUAUCGUUUGCUCGGAAACAAGGCCGAUGUCAUCAAAGGCUUUGCGAAGCGUUGCAAUGAGCAUUGGGAGGUUGCACCUCGUUCGGAGAUUGGUCUCUAUCUUGGUGAUAUCCAGGAUCAUAUUGUGACCAUGACGCAAAACUUGUCGCAUUACGAGAGUCUCCUCUCCAGAGCUCACAGCAAUUACGUCGCCCAAAUCAAUAUUCGAAUGAACGAACGCGCCGAAUCGAACGCCGAUGUCCUCGGAAAACUCACUGUCCUCGGAACGAUUGUCCUUCCGAUGAAUAUCAUUACCGGAAUGUGGGGUAUGAACGUCUGGGUUCCUGGACAAGAAUACGAGGGCGAUUUGACGUGGUUUUUCUGUAUUACCGCUGGUUUAAUCGCUUUUGGUCUGGUUUGUUAUUUUGUUGCCCGGAAGGUGUAUGGUAUUGUCUGAGGUACAACAAUUUCUGGCCGAGUGUGUGUAAAGGGUAUGGAUGAAGUGGGAGGGGAAUGGACGGAAUAGGGUGCGCUUUCAUUCUUCUGCUGAGUUGGAAUUGUGUACAAGAAUAUUCGGGAUCGGAAGCGAGGCGUUUACUGGUUGGGAGCAACUACAGCAAGCAAGUAUAGACAAAUUCUUCUGAGGAGAAACGGGCCUGGGAGUCUUGGAUGAAUAUAGAAUACCAUGAGCAAGAUACAAUUGCUUGGAAGAGACAGAC